AUGCCUAUUCCGUGUGGCCGUUGCGGCUCCGACUCCCUGGCGGAACCUCGGGUGUACCUGCGACAUAGUUUCACUGCUACGUUGGCUGUGAUUGAAGAAGAAGAAGAAGAAGAAGAAGUUAACAACAACAGGCAAGACUCGGCAUACAGCUCCGACGAUCCCGACGGCGACGAGAAAUACCCUACUCACCCACCCCGCAAGCAAAUCUGGACUCGACCCCUCCAAACCCUCGAUCCCAACGAGGGGAGGUUUGAGUUCUCAGACGACGAGGAUGAUGAGGAGCCCUCGACCGAAGCGCGUAUAGAUUCACAAGGUCAGUCUAUCUUCUUAACCCCAGUAGCUCACUAUGAGCAGCUGCUGCACGCCCAUGCGCCCUUCGCACACACGGCCCGGGCAGAACUCGCCCUCAUCACCCGUUUGCGCGGCGCGCCCGUCACGCUGGCCGACGUGCACGCGCUGUUACACUCGGCGCGCUCUAUCAUGCCAUCAGACCUCGCGCGCACGCCGCCGAAGCUACUGAUGGAAAAGCACAAGAUCAAGGUGUGGUUCGACAAUGCGAACGUCGUGUGUAACCGCAACGUGAUGAGCGCGCUGGCGGGGAACAUUGCCUACUUUGCAGCUUGGGACGUGAUUAGGCCGAUAGAGCUAGAAGCCAUGCUGACGCAUAUAGUAUCGAUUAAUCCAUCGCUAUUUGACGUUGUAAAGCGGCAUGCUGAGGCGGAGAAGUUGGUUCGGGAGUGUGGCGCCGUUCCAUGUUCGCAGCAGGUCAUUUAUGACGAGGGCAAGCAUUCCGCUACCGUGCCGGCUACAAAGAAGAAUAAGAAGCGCAAGGAGAAGCCGAUCACCACGCUGCGGCGGGAUUGGGAGGAGGAGAUGUGUGGGUGGUUUGCGGUUACGCGGUUGCAUAAUGGGCCGGGGCUGAUGGAUCGGAAGCCGCCGAGCGUCAAACUGCCCAUUCGUAUGGAAGAUAGGUCUGGGGAGCGGGAGCGGAAGCGGAAGCGGAAAGUGAAGAUGGGUAGACCUGGGUCGUCAGAUUCGCGAGCCGGAUCUGAGAUGCGGACUCAGAUUCCUUUGGGCUUCGAUGGAGGUAGCAAAGUGAAGGUGAGACUUCCACGAGCCCAACAUCUUCGGGGAUGUGUACGAUAUGAGAAUCUUGCGUAG